AUGUCUUUUACUUGUUGGAGGGUGAAGAAAGGAAGUGUGUCUGUGUGUGAUGUUUUGGGCCACUACCAGGGACAAGGCGUCUCUACAGUCGCUUUUGAUGUUAAUGUUGUGGAUGAUGCCUCACGGGGUGGGGUCCAGUGGGUUUCAUACUCUGCAUUAAACAACCUCUUUAUUAAGCCAACCUUACUAUUACAUUGCUCUCAUAGUCUCGCUCAGUCAAAGCUGGUUAGCAUGGAGACGUUAAACAAACACCUCGUUGCAAUUCUUUGUCUUUUGUUUCUGCUUCUCUCCGACGUAUCCCUGGCGACGUUGAAGGAGGAUAAUGGUCCUUACAUAGUCUAUGUUGCCAAAUCAGAAAUGCCAGCAGUCUUUAACCACCAUUCAUUCUGGUAUAAAUCGAUUCUGCAAUCGGUAUCCAACUCAGCAGAAAUGCUCUACAUCUAUGACAACAUCCAUGGAUUCUCAACAACCCUAACAUCUAAAGAAGCUAGAUUACUGGAAACCCGAACGGGGGUUCUAAAGGUGCAGCCAGAGCAAACGUUCGUGAAACACACAACUCGAACGCCGCACUUUCUCGGACUCGAUAAAAUCUCUGAUAUGUUCGUUGACGACUCAAACGCUGGAAGUGACGUUGUUAUUGGACUCCUCGACACUGGGGUUUGGCCCGAAAGCAAGAGCUUCGACGAUACAGGACUGGGACCCAUCCCCAGCACUUGGAAGGGGGAGUGUGAAUCAGGUGCCAAUUUCACUGCCGCAAACUGCAAUAAGAAAUUGAUAGGAGCCAGGUACUUCCUAAAGGGCUACGAAAAAUCCGUGGGUGUUAUCAACCAACAGUCAAAAUCGCCGCGAGACGAUGACGGCCACGGCACCCACACUGCGAGCACAGCCGCAGGGUCACCAGUGGAUGGCGCGAGCCUUUUCGGCUUCGCCUCCGGAACGGCACGUGGCAUGGCCUCGCACGCUAGAGUCGCUGUCUACAAGGUUUGCUGGAGCGAGGCUUGUGCUAUGUCUGAUAUAAUUGCAGCAAUGGACAAGGCCAUCUCAGACAACGUCAAUGUCAUUUCAAUAUCACUCGGAGGUGGAUUACCCGCUUACGACCAAGACGGUCUCGCAAUUGGAGCCUUUGUGGCAAUGGAAAAAGGGAUUAUAGUUUCUGCAUCCGCAGGAAACUCGGGUCCUGAUCUCGGUUCUGUUUUGAACCAAGCACCAUGGAUGAUCAACGUGGGAGCUGGCACACUGGAUCGCCGUUUCCCGUCGUACAUUACACUUGGGGAUGGAAAAAAAUAUUCCGGAGAGUCAAUUUUUAGCAGCAAUGAUUUGCCCAAUACCCCUUUGUCGUUUAUAUACGGAGGGGAACUAGGAUCGAGCGAGUGUCAACCGGGUAGCUUGGAUCCGAAAAAGGUUAAGGGGAAGAUCGUGCUGUGUGAUCGCGGUUUGGGUUCUAGAACCGAUAAAGGAUUUGCGGUGAAAUCCGCUGGUGGUGCGGCCAUGGUGUUGGCUAACUCGGAAGCCAACGGAGAGGACUUGAUUGUUGAUGCUCAUCUUUUGCCCACAAUUGUGGUGGGUUUCCAGGCAGGAAAAGCCCUCAAGAAGUACUUGUUGUCCGAUCCAAAACCGACGGCUACGAUUGUGUUUCAGGGAACUCAGGUUGGGUUCCAGCCGUCACCGGUUGUUGCGGCGUUCAGCUCGCGGGGCCCAAGUCUUCUCGUACCAGAGAUACUGAAGCCUGAUGUCAUUGCACCAGGUGUCAACAUCUUAGCGGCAUGGUCGAAGCUUGUGGGUCCUACUGACGUAGAGGAAGAUACUAGGCGCGUGGACUUCAACAUCCUCUCUGGCACGUCCAUGUCAUGCCCUCACGUGAGUGGGAUAGCGGCUCUGAUUAAGUCGGCUCGUCCAGCCUGGAGCCCAGCCGCGAUUCGAUCCGCGCUGAUGACCACGGCUUAUACGGCUUACAGCAACGGUAAGAAGUUACUGGACGGUGCCACAGGUAAACCGGCUACACUGUUUGAGCUUGGCGCUGGACAUGUGAACCCCGCCGCCGCGCUUAAUCCAGGACUUAUCUAUGAUUUGACGGUGGAUGAUUACCUAAACUUCCUCUGUGCGUUGAACUACACACCCGAAAGGAUCGAAACCGUGACGAAGAGAAAGGUCAAGUGCGACCCAGCCAAACACUACAGGGUAUCAGACCUAAAUUACCCUUCAUUUGGUGCGGUGUUUCAACCAGCAGCAGCACGUGGGUCCGCUGCACCGGUUGUUAAACACACGCGGACUCUGACUAAUGUGGGAGCUGCAUCAACGUACAAGGCGUCGGUUACGUCGGAAAUCUCGUCCGUUAAGAUCACGGUUGAGCCAGACGUGUUGAGCUUCAAGGAAAAUGAGAAAAAAUCGUUUACGUUGACGAUCACGGCAUCAAGUUCAAAACCGACGAAUCGAUUUGGUUUUGGACGAUUAGAAUGGUCGAAUGGAAAGACCAUUGUUGGAAGUCCUAUCGCACUUUUGUGGAACACCACCACAGGGAAUGACUGA